AAAAGUUUACAAUUAAUUUUAGAUUUUUUUAUGUCAAUGAAAUAAGCAACAUGGAUAAGGUAUGUGAAAUAGCUGACCACAGAUUAAUAUUUCACAUAAAUCAAAAGGCAGUUGAGGUGGAUCUUCGUCAAAUGAUAUGGCCAUGUUCAGCAUUUUCGCUGUUUUAUAUGUUAUUCUGGAAAAAGUCUGGUUUUAUUGAUAUGGAUAAUGUAGAAGAAUUAAAGUCUCAGAGUGAGGAUGAGCCAAGUGCAGAUGAUAAACCAUAUGAACCAAAGGAAGUAACAAUACCUGCUUUAAAGGGUUGGGUGUCAUCAUUAUUUAGAAAGAUAUCAAGAUCGCCCUUUGGACGGUUCAUCUUAAUAAACAGUUCAAAAAGACAAGGAGAAUUGGACUUGUUUUUGAAAUUGAGUAUACCAGAUCCACCUACAUAUUAUCCUAUUGUUCUACCUGACACUGAUGCUUCAUCCACAGAAGAGAUCGAUUUGUGGUCACUUAUUAAGCCACGGAAAGAUGUUGAUUCUUUUCACUUUAACACUAUCUCAGACUAUGUGAAUGCAUAUAGAGAUGGUACCACGACACCUCUAAAUGUAGCAAAAAAUGUCAUCGCUGCUAUCAGAAGUACUGGGGAAUUAGAACUUCGCAUAAUUGUUGAAUCUCACGAAGAUGAUAUACUGAAGAGGGCCACUGAAUCAACAGAGAGAUGGAAAGCUGGCAAGCCACUAUCAGUGUUUGAUGGUGUACCAGUUGCUGUCAAAGAUGAAGUCUUUUUGGGAGGCUAUCCAUGUAGAGGAGGAACUCCGAUCAAAAAGUAUGGCAAGUUAAAGACAAUUGAAGAAGAAGGUUACAUGGUUAGAAAGUUAAGAAACGGAGGAGCAGUGUUUAUUGGAGUGGCGAACAUGCAUCAAUUGGGGGUCGGGAUCACAGGAAUAAAUCCAUCUAGUCUUCAUGGAACGUGUAGAAAUCCGUACAAUACAAAAUAUCCUCCAGGUGGAAGCUCCAGUGGACCUGCCGCUGCAGUGGCUUCAGGUUUAUGUCCGAUUUCUCUUGGAGCUGAUGGCGGUGGUUCUAUUCGAAUCCCUUCCUCUGUAAAUGGCAUUGUGGGGGCAAAAGCAUCAUUUGGUCGCAUCAGCGGUACUGGUUUCCAUAGAAAUUGCGACACUGUAAGCCAUGCUGGUGCUCUGUGUGCAACCACAAGAGAUAAUGCAAUCACAUACGGUUUUCUUGCUGGACGUGAUGUUGAGUAUACUCCAGGCCUGGUACAGCCUCCGCCACAUGUGACAGCUUUCGAGAAUAAAGAUUUGACCGGAGUCAAGAUUGGGGUUGAUUGGAAUUUAUUUAAUGACACUGAAAAAGAAAUUUCUGAAAAAUGCAAGCUUUGUGUUACUUAUCUGGUGGAAAAAUGUGGCGCAAAACUUGUCGAAAUCUCCAUUCCGGAAAUGCAGGAGUCAGCAAGAGCACAUGUUGUGACCACGUUGACAGAGAUGUACACUUACAGUAUGGAGAUUUAUCACAGAUACCAUGACGAAAUUAAUGCAGACACUGAAAUGAAUUUAGGAUUGGGGAGUACGUUUACUUCGUAUGAAUAUUUUUUGGCUCAAAAGCAGAGGACCCGUGCAAUGAAAAUUUUAAAGCGACUCUUCAAAUCUGUCGAUUGUAUUAUAACACCAUCUUGUGGUGAUUUUAUGCCGUUGUUGAACGAGGAUAAUUUGAAAUAUGGCUUUAAUAAUCUGAAACAUUUGACAGCUAUUAUCAGAUUUUGUGUUUUGGGUAAUCUUGCUGGCCAUCCAUCAAUAUCUGUACCAGUUGGUUAUUCCGAGAAAGAAAAUCUUCCCAUUGGACUUCUUAUUCAAACAGCUUGGUGGAGAGAAGAUAUGAUGUUUAGAAUUGCGCAUGCUACUGAAGGCUUCUGUCCACUGCGAAAACCUCAAGUUUAUUAUGAUGUGUUGAGCGAUGACCUAUCUACCGGAGAGGACACGUCGCCGUCAUCCCCUACAUCUUCGUCACCCAUGCUAAGCUAAUGCUGAACAUAGGGCCUAAAUUUACCUGCAUAUCUUUUUUUUACUGUGUAGUAUUUUUCUUUUAGAUACACUUUAUACAACAUUGUUGCCAGCAACCUGGAAAAUUCUAACGUUUUUGAAACAGACCUGACAUGCUACGAGAUUGAUAUAAUUACAAAAGCAAUCUACGAAAAGUUUUUUUAGCAUGUUAGUGAUUCAAUCUUUCAUUGGUUAAAAAAACAAGCUUAAAACGUCUCUCGUAUGGUAUACCUAACGUUUUUCCACUAAAAAGAAUAGAUUUGUUUGAUUUUUUAGGGUAUGACCGAACUGGCCAAUUUUUUUAUUUUAGCGUAGUAGAAGUUGUGUAUAUUUUUUUCUAACAUUUUCCUCCCCAAUUUCUUUUUGUAUUUCAUUCGUACUUUUAAUAUAUAUGAAAGAAUGCAACAACUUAUAUAAAAUAUAUCCAGGAAAUGUAAACUAUUGAUAACACUGGGUGCUACUUAACCUUCUUGAAUGUAUAUGAAUUUUUUUAUUAUUAUUUUGAGUAUUGUUGAUGUAUAUAUAUAUUUUCGAAUUACAAUGGUAAAACUUUGAAA